CCGCUCCUCAACUCUCCCGGAUCCCUCCAGGAACGUGUGGACUACGAGUCCCGGAAGGCCUCGGGAGCUUGGCUCCAACUGCACGUGCGCGCCCAGCUGGCCGCCGGAAGGACCGAGCCUGACUGUGUGUUUAUCUCGUUGGAGACUGAGGCGUCGGUUGGCGCGCAACGGGUUCUAGGCUGCAGGCAGCGCGAGGACCCGCGGCCCCGCCCCGGCCCGGCCUGGCAGGUAGCAGAGGCGACAGGCCGUGCCGGGGGGGCAUGUUGCUGUGAGCAGUGGCCCAGGGGAUGUUACGGUGGACAGUGCACCUGGAGGGCGGGCCCCGCAGGGUGAACCAUGCCGCAGUGGCUGUCGGGCACCGCGUGUACUCCUUCGGGGGUUACUGUUCUGGCGAGGACUACGAGACGCUGCGGCAGAUAGACGUGCACAUUUUCAAUGCAGUAUCCUUGCGUUGGACAAAGCUGCCACCUGUGAGGCCUGCUGUCCGUGGGCAGGCUCCCGUGGUCCCCUACAUGCGAUAUGGACACUCUACCGUCCUCAUCGAUGACACAGUCUUCCUUUGGGGCGGGCGGAAUGACACCGAAGGGGCCUGCAAUGUUCUCUACGCCUUUGACGUCAAUACUCACAAGUGGUCCACACCCCGUGUGUCGGGCACAGUCCCCGGGGCUCGAGAUGGACAUUCGGCUUGUGUCUUGGACAAGAUCAUGUAUAUCUUUGGAGGCUACGAGCAGCUGGCAGAUUGCUUUUCCAAUGACAUUCACAAGCUGGAUACCAGCACCAUGACAUGGACGCUCAUCUGUACGAAGGGCAACCCCGCACGCUGGAGGGACUUCCACUCAGCCACGAUGCUGGACAAGAACAUGUAUGUCUUCGGUGGCCGGGCCGACCGUUUCGGGCCAUUCCAUUCUAACAAUGAGAUUUACUGCAACCGUAUACGCGUCUUUGAUACCAGAACCGAGGCCUGGCUGGACUGUCCUCCCACCCCAGUGCUGCCCGAGGGCCGCCGGAGCCACUCAGCCUUUGGCUACAACGGGGAGUUGUACAUCUUUGGUGGCUAUAAUGCGAGGCUGAACCGGCACUUCCAUGACCUCUGGAAAUUCAACCCUGUGUCCUUUACUUGGAAAAAGAUCGAGCCGAAGGGGAAAGGUCCAUGUCCCCGCCGACGCCAAUGCUGCUGCAUCGUUGGUGACAAGAUUGUCCUCUUUGGGGGUACCAGUCCAUCUCCUGAGGAAGGCCUGGGGGAUGAAUUUGACCUCAUAGAUCAUUCGGACCUACACAUUUUGGACUUUAGCCCGAGUCUGAAGACCCUGUGUAAACUGGCCGUGAUUCAGUAUAACCUGGACCAGUCCUGUUUGCCCCAUGAUAUCAGGUGGGAGCUGAAUGCCAUGACCACCAACAGCAAUAUCAGCCGCCCCAUCGUCUCCUCCCACGGCUAGGAGCAAGUUUCUGCCACCCCCCCCCCCCCCCCCCCCCCCCCCCCGCGCCUCCCGAGCCUGCUGUUGUCGUCUUUCGUCUACCCUGCCCCCCUUGUCUUGCACCUGCCUGCCCCUUCAGACCCUGGACUCAGUAUAACUCCACCUGGAGUCGUUGGACUAGAGGUGUAUUCUGUGCUGUGAAUUUAGUGGGGAGUUGUAGGGGGAGGGUCAGGUCUGCCGUCCGACCCUCUUGGGCCAAGGGCCCCUUCCCCUUGGUGCUCUGUCCCCGUCCACCUCUGAUGGCUCCUGGGCUCCAGCUCUGCCCCCACCCCCGGCCAGCCAGGAUCUGCUGGGAAAGGAAGGGAACAGGCACAUAGGGAGAAGUGAGCAGCGGCAGCCACAGGAGCUCCCCGUCCCUUGCUCCCAGCCUCAUGUCCCCUCUUGUCCCCCUGCUUGAGCCAUGAGCAUUGGCUGGGAACUGAGAGGAGUCGCAGCUGUUGGCAUGAAACCUCCUUCUCCCUGACCCGGGAGGCGGGGACCAGAAGAUAAUCCCACCCUUUCUGAGCUGUCGCCAUCCCCAGAAGCCAAGCCUGCUCAGAUUUUAUAAGAAGGAAUUAAAGUCUCCAAACGUG